AUUUUUCACAUUAUAGUAAUUUGUUUUUAGGUCACUUUUGUAAAUAGGGUCGCCCUUGAUGGUCCAAACAUAAAGUAAUUACAGUCAUUAGUAGUAGGUGAAUGUGAAUAGAGGAGCCCAUGGCUCUUUGGGGCGCCUCAUUAUGCAAGCGCAUUUUAAAGUCAGUAGCGGGGGGCAAAUUGGUGGUUAGGGGUACGGACACAAAAGAGGGGCAGGGUCAGGAUUCAAAUUCUAAGUGGGAAGAUGUGCCAUUGUGGCUGGGUUUAUAUACGCUGCCCGAGAGCGCACAUGAAGAGUUGGCACACAGACGAGUACAGAGCAUCAACUAUUUGGGAGCCAUCAUCAUGUCUGCGCACACAUGGAUUGUUUUAUUUCUCGUUACUGUCAUCACUAGUGACAUCGGGGUGUACGGCCGAGUGCUGUCACUCAGGACUACAGUGGAAUACGAACAUGCGUCUUUACGCGCCAAUGUGUUGAGACGGUGGAGACGUGGAAUCACAAAUGCGCACCGGGAGCGCUGUACGGAGCUCACAGCACCUUGGCUCGAGAACACCGAAGUGCCUCGGGGUGAGGCAAUUCCAAUGCCGCUGCGAGUGCGGCCCUUUGCACCCGGAGUAUCGCACGGAUCAGUAUUCCCGGGAAAAUUCCUUUUCAGUUUUGUGCGCAGGGUUUAUCACUGCUGUCAACAAAAAGUCCAUUGCCGAAACGUCAAAGGGAUUCAAGGCCGACUCAGAGGAGAGGCAGAUGUGGAGUUUCUCUUGUUGAAGGAGAUUUCUUCACUGACUGUUACAAGGGCUGAGCUUCACUUGCAGCUCUCCAACCCACAUCAUGCUUCUAUUCGACCUGUGCUUCCACCACUGGCAAAACACAAUGUCCCAACCAGGUACAGUUCUUCAACUCGAGAAGAUGUGAUGGAGAUGAAAGUGGACCUAAAUUUUAUCAUAAAAGCUUUACAGGAUGUAGCUGGAGGCACUGCUUCUCCUGGACUGAGUCUGGUGAACAUGCGUAGUGAAGAAAGACCCCAUAAAGACCAUAAUAUAGUCAGUGAUGUUUCAGUGAGGGACCUAGAUUUAGGUUUAGUUUUAGACUGUGGUAUAUCCUGUAAGUCCAAAAAUGUCCACAUCUUACAUGCACCAUUCAUGGUCCUCUAUUACAAAUAAUGCCUGGAAUACAACCAAUGGAAGCACAAAUGGGG